UCUACGCUAUUGGAAGUGAGUGUGGGUGCGGCGUUUACUUCACUUAAGCUUUCUCGUAAUUACGGAGAAAAUAUUGUUGCAUAUAGUAGUGCUAUGAUGGGAUAACUUGAUGAUGCCAAGCUGUCUUACUCGCUCUCGAUGAGAGAGUCGGAGAUUGUGAUACCCCGGUGCAGUUCUCCCUAAGUUUGUGUACGAGGCUGUUCUGAUCACAUUCACGAUACAAGGCAUAAAAUGGCCGACAAGGAUCCAAGAAAACGCUGCAGCCCAACCCAAGAGACACAGGCGAGUGGAAAUCAACAACAGGAAACGGAACGGAAACAAGCAAACACCGGUGUCACUCAAAAUGAAACACGACAAAUGGUGCAAGCCAGACCAGAGACACAAGUAUCACUAGACAUGGCGUCUCAGCUGACUCAGUUAACACUGGAAUCCAAGUCGGCGCAGAUUUGCUCCACCGGGAGUGUCAAUGUUCCUGGUGACUACAACCCAUCAUUCCACGCCCCAGUAUCUGGAACGGUCAACAUCCAUUACAAUGUAACAGCUAAUCCAAAAGAUGCCCCGCCAAACCAGGUGCCAGAGAUUCCCGGAUGCUCAUCGACUGAACCAUGUACGCAAGGACCGAGUCCUUCAACACAAGAUACUUCUCAGCCGUUCAAGAGACAUCAUCAAGUACCGGAACGAGUUGUUACCUACGCAGAAAUGCACACGGCUGCAAACAGUUGCGAGGCAGCCCUGAAGUCACAUUACAAAAGCACGGGUAGCUACGUUCAGAUGAUCCCUUGGGUCGAUGACGACACCAAACAUAUUAUGGAUAUCUACACCACAUUACUGCUGGAGAGCAUGGGGGAGGGUGUGGUCUGUUCUAGAUUGGAACUAGAAUCUUACCAAGAUAUUUUCUUCUUUAAGACCAAGGAGGGUGAUGCUAUCAAACGGGCAAUUCUUAACGGGUUAGCUGGAAGAGGCAAGUCAACUUUGGUUGACAAGAUGGCGUAUGAUUGGGCUGCGUUCAGUCAGGCGCUGCGCAUGUUCAAACUUGUCUUUGUGCUAAAAAUGUGCGCGCUGGAACACAAUUCAGAGCUCAUUGAUGCGAUUUUUGACCAACUUUUAGAUCACGACACGAAAAUAGACAGGUUAGCUUUGAAGGAGUUCAUUCACAGCUAUCCCAAUGGCAUACUUGUCCUCUUGGAUGGCUUCGAUGAGUUCACGAUGUCCACUGCCAAGAUCUGUCCCGAGUCUGUCCUGGGAAUUAUCAAUCGAAAGAUUUGCAGAGAAUGUUGGGUAGUGGUGACAACAAGACCAUCCCACAUCAAUAGUUUGAUGUCAAAACAGCUGAUCCAGGAUCCAUUCACUCACGUGUUGGUUUCAGGCUUCAGCUCAGAUAACAUCCAAGAGUAUGUGACAAGAUUCUUCUCGACAGAACCUGUCAGUGCUGUGGGUUUGGUUGAGAAAAUUCAGUCUUCCGGUGUUUCGUCUGACCUUGCAAAAAGCCCCAUGCUUCUGCUGUUGAUGUGUCUGCUCUGGCGAAACAACGGUUCACUCCCGGAGACGACCACUCGACUUUACGAUCAGGCGAUACAGUAUGUAUUCCGAAGAAAAGCAGACAUGUCGCCAGAAGAGAUGUCAGACGUGGUUAUCGCACUGGGAAAAGUGGCCUUAGUGGGUCUCCUUUCUCCCGAUCAAUUGCUCUGCUUUGGAGAACGAGAUUUUGAGAAGAGUGCACUGGACGCGGCCGUUAAGGUGGGUAUCUUGACGAAGCAAAGGGAAAUUGGUCAGGGGCUCAAGGUCUACAACAGCAUACAGUUCAUCCACAAGACAAUUCAGGAAUACUGCGCCGCAAAAUAUUUGCACACCUUGUCGGAAGAUGAGUUUCAGAAAACCUUUGAUAAGGUUGACAGGUUGGAUGAGUACGAGUACCUACUGCGGUUCUGUUGCGGUGACAAUGAUGCGUGCAGUCAGAUCAUUUUACGGAUGCUUGAGAGGUGUUUCUUUACAGAGCAGAAGGAGGCCUAUGCACCUGUGUCGAAGAUGUUGUCUCGUGAGCAGCAUGAGACGAGGCGCACGAAGUUGGCCCUUUCAUGUUGUUUGGAGAGUCAGUCCAAGACAUUACCACCAGUAGACUUCGUGAGUUCAGUUCUCACUACAGAAAUCAGUCUCAGUGAUUGGGACCGUGAUAGUUUACAUGCAUUCUCCUUCGUAAUGGAAUCAGUCGCUAUCUCGACUAAAAAGGAGACAAAACCUUACUUAGCCAAGGUGCAGUCAGUGAACUUGCAGAGUUGCAAAGUUGGCAAGUUCUGCGAAGAUUUAGAGCACUCAGCGGGGGCUAUGACAAAUCUGGAGCAAGUAAACCUCGUCAGAUGCUCUUUGACAGCGACUAAUGUUAGCAAUGUUGCAUCUUCGUUGAGCCAGGCAACCACCCUAACCAAGCUUGAUCUAUCGCACAACAAGACUCUCAGUGGUUCAGCAAACUUAUGGUCACCUUCAUUGACACACUUGAAGUCUCUUAAAUCUUUGACCUUGAAGUAUUGCUCACUGAUGCCUGAAGAUUGGAGGCAAGUUCUUUUGUCCCUCUCUGAGCUUCCCGGUUUAAUCGAGUUAGAUCUCUCCUCCAACAAUGAGAUGCAGUGCUCUGGGAAUAUAUGUUUUACUCACUUGAGGUAUUGUAAGUGUCUUCAAAGACUGGACGUGAGUAACUGUAGUCUGGGAGGCACUGAUGUGACUCAAAUAUUCACCUCAGUGAGUUAUCUGACCGGGCUGGUUGAAAUAAAUUUGUCUUUGAACGAAUCAAUCAGUGGCUCAGCUUCACAGUGGUCCAAUCAGUUGGAGGACUGCAAACACCUCAAGAAGUUAAAUCUGAAGCACUGCUCACUGACUGGGGGAGAUUUGAUGCAAGUCGCAGCAUCAUUGAGAAAAAUACCUAACUUGAUGGAGUUGUAUCUUUCUUCACCUGACGUAGAAGGGGACCCAGUUGCACCCAGGUGCUACUUAGAGCAGAUGAAACCUCUCCACAAAUUUGACAUACAUUGUCGGAUCACUUCUGCUUCAGUUCUCAAACAUGUCAUUGAGUUACUGAGCAGUGCAACCAAUUUGGUUGAGUUAAAUCUCAUCUUCAGCUAUCAGCUCGAAAAUUCAAUGGCGGUGUGGUGUCCGCAUUUGAAACAACUGAAGAAUCUUCGGAGACUUACGUUUGAUGAAUAUCGAUCAGAACUACAGGAUCUAUCGCAUCUUGCUUUGGCCGUUGGACAAAUGCCAAAUAUUCAGGAGUGUGUGAUCAGUCACGAGUACGGUGUGUUCGAUUUCAUCACAAACACGCUUCUGUCGGAAACCAAUCUUGUGGCUAUAACUAAUGGUGGAAUCAUUCUGAAUCUGAGUGGCUGUUCCUUGAGCGGCGAAGCCAUAGACACCAUCCUAGAAACAAUGACAAAGAGGGGCGACUUGAUUGAGAUGAAUCUCAGUGGCAGUACACUUACAGGUUACAAGGCAGUUUGGUACAAGCACUUGAAGAAUCUCAAACUACUCCGAAAGCUCGUUUUAAGGCACUGCUCCCUCAACAGUCAAGAUGUGAAGGAGAUUCGAGAGGCUCUUGGUGCCGGUAGCUUGGUAGAAGUGGAUCUGUCACAAAAUGAGUGAUUCUCUAGUUUGCGCCAGAGAUGCGCAGGCUGUGUAAAUAGAAUGCCAAAGUAGCAUCAAUUCAUCAAGACCACCGAAAACUGUCCCAGACCCAUUUUUCGUCCGAGAUAAGAUUCGAUAUAGGCCACCUAUGCAAAAACAGUAUUACAUGUAUUUGCAUUACAGUAUAUGAAAGCGAAAAUAAAAUAUCGUUCAAGACCGAAAUUUCAUUCAAGACCUACCAGAAUCGUGACGUAACGUACGCCAUGCCUUAAUAAGCCGUACUGUUUGUUUUACAAAUAUUUUCAUGAUCACUGCUCCACUGGUCCAUCCAACCAGGUUCCUCCAAUCAAAAUGUUGAGAGAGGAACUCGUUUGUCUGCCUGUUCUCAUCCAUAUACUGUUGCAGAUGAACAAAAGGAUCUAUUGCAAUAGCUUUUUUUUCCCACGUGCUGCAUCUCCUUGGAAUUCCUUGCCUGGUGCUUGUUUCCCUCCAACCUAUGAAUUGUCCUGUUUGAAGAGGAAUGUUAAUUCCUACCUUCAGUUUUCCCGAGUACCUAUACUCUUCUUUGUUAUUUCUCUUCUAGCCCUGUGCCCAGAGUGGCUUCUGGCCUUGUUCAAGGCGAAUAUGAAUGACAAAAAAAUACCGUCUGCAUCCUCAUUACACUGUAAACAUCAGAAACUUGUCAAGCACACAGUACUGAGCGAGGUUAACUUGGUCAGUUUGCCAAGCGUAUAAUUUGGGUAAGCUGCGACCACAGCAUCAUUAAAAAAAGGUCAAAUCUCUUCCUGUAAUGCGACAACUGAGUUCCAGAUCAAUAAAGAAAUUAAGUACUUUACAAAAAAGGGUAAGAAAAAUACUACGGGUACGUACAUGUACAUGGACCGACUGACGUGACCAAAAUGACGAUGAAUUGUGUUUCAUAACAUUGUGCGCAUAUUAUUUCAUCAACCCAAAGUUUAAAUGCUAGAGCGCCAGUAACGUACACAGAUUCUUCCAGCAAACCUACCUUCCAAGUGGAAAAGUACUUAUCUAAAAUAUCAUGCCAAAAUGCUCAACUUCUUCCUAAUUAGCGAAAUCGGGUUAAUAUGGCGGUUACCGUGAUAGUAGGCCUAUGUUGGUUAUUUUUGUGUAAUUUACAAAUAAAGUUGAACCCUGAUAAGAAGAGCAGCGUUAAUUAAUACAACAUCCUGCUUAUAACAAGCAAAUCUUAGGUCAAAAGUAUUUAUUUUCCUUUGUUUUUCAUUACUGUUAAUACAAGGUACUGUUAUAACAAGGUAAUUGUGAAGUCCCAAGGACCUUGUUACGAAGGUACACUCAGUCUGUUCCUAUCAUUUUAAAUGACACUCAUCUUGAUCAGGUUAAGGGUACCAAAUUUUUGGGAAUACAUAUUGAUGAGAACUUAACUUGGAAGAAUCAAAUAGACGUUAUAACAGCUAAAAUAUAAAAAAAUAUUGGUAUAGGCCUAAUGAACCGUCUAAAAUAUUUGUUACCUAGUAGCAUAUUUCUAACCUUGUACAACUCAUUUGUUUUACCGUAUUUAAAUUACUCAAUUCUGACCUGGGGUAGUCAAACUCCUAAAUGCAACAAACUGAUUACUCUACAGAAACGUGCAGUUCGAGUAAUUUUUAAAACUGGCUAUUGUGAACACUCUGGGCCUCUAUUUGCAAAUUUAAAAUUGUUAACAUUCAUUGACCUGUAUCAUCUUAACUUAGGAAAAUGUAUGUAUAAAUAUGUGAAUCGUGCAUUACCUGCUUGUUUUAACCCCUGUUUUACACUUACUUCAAACAUUCAUUCAUAUAAUACCCGCAGUACUACUAGGAAAAAUCUGUAUGUUAAUUAUUGUAGAACGACAUUGUCCAAAAACAGUGUUGUCCAACGUGGCACUCUAUAUUGGAAUAGUCUGGAUAACUCUUUUAAAUCAUCACCCAAUCUCUCUAUUUUUGCUAGAAAACUAAAAAAUUAAUUUUUAAUUGCAUACUAAAACAAUGUAAUAGGGAUAAUAACGACCUUGAUUACUGUCUUACACCGGUGUUUGUGCUCUGUCUUUCCAUGUAUGUCUGUCACUUGUCUGUCUGACCACAGGCUGGGGAACAAAAGCUUAUGCUUCACCCCGGACCUAGAUGCUGCCAUUUAGUUAAUGUUCACUAUUGUAAAUAUAUGUAUCGCCAAUUUGAAUAUAUAACAUUAUGUAUCGUCCUUUAUGCAGCAUCGAAAUAAAUGUAUGUAUCUCUAAAAAAAAA